AUGAAGACGUUCGCCGUCGCGGCCACCGUUUCCCUCCUGCUCCCUUCUCUCUGUGUUCAUGAGAACUCUGCCGUCCCUGUGGAUGAGGAAAACGAAUACCCUGGUCCCGCCAGGUGCCGGUUCUGCUGCGGCUGCUGCCUGGCGGAUGUCUGUGGCUUGUGCUGCGACUGA